AUGAAGCUAGAGAAAGUUGAUGCAAACUGGACAAGAACAGAGGAUGAAGUUCUCAAGGCUGGGGUGAUGAAAUAUGGGAUAAACAAGUGGUCCAAGGUGUCUUCUAUGCUUCCUUCAAAGACUCCAUCCCAGUGCAGAUUAAGAUGGCUGGAAUAUGUCAGUCCUUUAGUGAAUGAUUUGGUAUGGAGUUCGGAAGAAGAUGAAAAGCUUAUUUUGAUGGCGAAGACAUUUCUUCCACAGUGGAGUUUGAUUGGACAGACGAUGGGGAGGAGCGGGCAGCAAUGCUAUGAAAGAUAUAAUGAGCUUGUUUUUGGAAAGAUUAGUGUUUUCAAGUAUGGGGAGCUUUCUGGACCUUGCGAAGGAAAAGACGAGGAGAUUCUGAAGAUGGCAAGUGCCAGGAUGUCUGAGUGCAAGAGCAGAAAGGGCUUAAAGAAGAAAGCUCUUUUGGACAAGAAAGAGAAAACACUUUCAAGAAGCUGUGAGGCAAAGGAAGGAACCAUAGGUCCUCAUAAACAAAGAGUAUGCCGUAAGAAUGAUGGUACACUUCAAUGA